GAACCUUAUGUGAACACACCAGACUUCUUUGAGAGGAAUAUAGUGAUUGAAAAAUGUGUUUUUUAAUUGGUUGUCUAUUAAGCCCGGUAUUACUUUUUCCUAUAAUAUUGGGAGCGCUUGUUUUGUACACUAGGCAUCGUAAGCAGGGCAUACAGUUCAAAAAGCACACCGAUGAAACGGGUAAGGUAUUCAUCGUUACCGGUGCAAAUGCCGGAAUCGGGAAGGAAACGGUUCGGGAACUGGCGAAACGGGGUGGAACCGUUUAUAUGGCUUGCAGAGAUCUGAAGAGAUGUGAAGAGGCCCGCCUAGAGAUUGUCAAGGAAACUAACAACCAGAAUGUUUUCUCUCGGGAACUGGAUCUGAACUCACUGGACUCAGUUCGUAAAUUCGUUGCUGGCUUCAAGCGAGAGCAGGAUAAGUUGCAUGUGCUCAUCAACAAUGCUGGGAUCAUGAGGUGUCCUCGAAGACUGACCAAGGAUGGCUUUGAAUCGCAGCUGGGCGUUAACCACAUGGGUCACUUUCUGCUGACCAACCUGUUGCUGGAUGUUUUAAAGAAAACGGCCCCCAGUCGAAUUGUGGUCCUCUCCAGCGUGGCACAUACCAGGGGCACCAUCAACUUCGAUGAUCUGAAUAGUGAAAAGUCGUACAAUGAAAUUGAUGCCUACAGCCAGAGCAAGUUGGCCAAUGUUCUGUUCACCAGGGAGUUGGCAAAACGAUUGGGAGGAACAGGUGUCACGGUCAACGCCCUAAACCCUGGAUCCGUUGAUACAGAACUGGCCAGGGACUGGAAUACCUUAAAGGGUUACUUUAUACGAUAUGUUUUAAAGCCUCUGAUGUGGCCCAUUCUGAAGACCCCCAAGAGCGGAGCCCAGACCUCCAUAUUCCUGUCCCUAGAUCGGGAUUUGGAAAAGGUAACCGGAAAGUAUUUCCACAACUGCCAAGAAGAGGAACCUUCUCCGGCCGCCCAGAAUGAUGAAACCGCCGGGUUACUGUGGGCUGAGAGCGAAAAGUGGACUGGCCUAGACAGCUCGAAAUUGGAUUAAUUACGACGUGGUUCUGUAAUUGCUAUCAUAAUCAAAAUUGGGGAUUCUUAUCGGAGAAAUACCUUGGAAAACAUUCCCUGACAUAUGUAUAUCUUAGUUUAACAAGAAAGGAAGUUAAUUUCGGCAAGCCGAAGUUUGUAUACCUUGCAGUUAUAAGAAAUAAUCAAUGUUAGUAACGACAAAUCGAACGACUGCAUCAUAAAGCUGCCAUAGAAGCGAUCGGAAAAUUGGUGGGAAAAUAAUAUGAAACAAAUUAUAGCUUCGGAGUUUUUUGGCAUAUCAUCUUGUAAUAUUGGGAAUAUCAUGUCAUAUUUUUAAUACUUUCGAAUUAAGUUUAAUAGAAAUCGGACGACUCUAACAUAUAGCUGUCAAAGAAAAGGUCCGAGAAACAAUUAAUAAUUUAAUGGUGUUACUUAUGUUGAUCAUUUCUUAUAACUGCAAGGGUAUCGGCUUUCCGAAGUUAAUUUCUUUUCUUGUUUUCCCUUUUAUUCCUAUGGGAACUAUAGAUAUAGUUUUCCGAUCCGGCUAGUUCCAACUU